AUGAUUUCACCAAGCCAGGAAACCCAGAAUGUGCGCGAAUACUGGGGUUACAAGUUCGAAUGGAGCGAUCUUCAUCGAUCUGCGGAGCAGCUACACUCGCUGUUGCUCACUUAUGACAGUCUCGCAGAUGACUGUCUUCAACGGCUAAAUGGAAUUUCACAAAUACCUCAUCGAGACACUACUGAGACUGAAGGUUCGACGUCCAAGCCAGCAAAGAGAGACCUAUACGUUUUGCUUGAAGAGCAUCACGACGAUGAUCUCAAGAUCAAAGAGUUUUGGAAUGAGAUUAACACCAUUCCUGACUGGGCUGAAUGGGAACAAAUUCGACGAGGACAAGAAGUAUUCUACCGUUAUGGAAUGGCUGUGAUCAACGUGGUAAGUUUGGACCAUUUUUUGGGAUCCGGACGCGUCGUUGAAACUUUAGCAAGGACCGGAGGAUUCGCCGCAGAUGUCGCACGACACAGGAUGCUGGAAACCCUUCAACACGUUCUCCAGGUCACCGGGUCCGUUGAUGCCAUGAGACCAGGAGGAGCUGGUCACGCGUCAUCGGUUCGAGUGCGGUUGCUUCACGCCGCUGUACGUUCAAGGAUAUUGGACCUGGUCAAGAACAAGCCCGAAUAUUACGAUGUCGACAAGUACGGGAUUCCAAUCAAUGACCUCGAUUGCAUAGCCACUAUCAAUACCUUUUCGACAAGCGUAGUCUGGAUUGGGUUGCCUCGGCAGGGUAUCUUGCUGCGAGAGCGAGAGAUUGAUGACUAUCUUGCCCUGUGGCGGCUGAUGGCGUACUAUAUGGGCGCGCCGCAUGAGUUUCUCGAGACGAGGGCUAAGGCUAAGGCCAUGAUGGAGUCCCUCCUCGCGUCGGAAAUACAUCCCACCGAGACGAGCAAGAUUCUGGCGCAGAAUAUCAUCCUGAGUCUUGAAAACACACCCCCAACCUACGCAUCCAAGGAGUUUAUGGAGGCCAUGGCUCGGCAUCUCAACGGCAAGCAGCUGUCUGACAAGCUCGGCCUUCCACGGCCCACCCUCUAUUACCAGGCGCUCGUAUAUGGAUACUGCAUUGUCCUGAUGUGGUUUGCUUAUACUUUCAGAUUGCUUCCCUCUAUUGACCAAGCAAUGAUCAAGUUCCGUCGCAAGAAAUACUAUAAGAUAAUUAAUGACAAGGACGAAGGGCUCGGUGGGGAGACAUUCUUCGAGUUCAAAUAUGUACCUUUCUACACUCGUAAUACGCGACUGGGGAAGCGCAAACCACCGAAGCGAGCCAAGCGUGGGGUAGAGUUUCUGGCACUCAUGGGUCUUCUGUUUGCUGUUGCUGCUGCUGGCGCACUGUUGGGCAGCAUUUUGCGCUUACUGAAUAAACUACAACGUGCGUAA